CACCAUGUGUAAUUUUAGAGGUUAUGUUUUCUUUUGUGAUUUGGAAGAAACGUGUUUUUAGUGUUUAGUGCCAUUUUGCUUGAAGUUAUAAUAUAUUUUUAGUACUUAGUAAUAGUAUGUGAGUGUUGUUUGUUUUAAUUUAGUACAAAAUGACUGGAAAAACUACAUUAAGAAACUUAACAGCACCAAACUAUGGCAAACCAUCUGAAGCUCAGAAUGAGUUUUUGAAAUCGUUGGGUGAACCACAUGUAGCAUCAUUCAAUUACAUCCUUAAAGAAGGUAUACAACAAGCUAUUGAUAAUUUGACUCCAGCUCAUUUUAAGGUUGGACAGAAACAAGUCAAACUAUCAAUUAAGAGUGGAUACCUUCUCCCAGCAGCUGUCCCACCCGGCACUCCAGGAGUCAGAUCUCCAAUAAUAUACCCUACAGAGUGUAGGCAAAGAGGCAGCACCUACAAGGGCACAUUUCAUGUGAUUCUGGAUUGGACUGUGGACGGCCAACCUCAACCUUCUCAGGACUAUGCCAUCGGUCAGAUUCCCAUUAUGGUAAAGUCAAAAGCCUGCUACCUGGCAGACAUGAGCCCCAGCCAACUCAUCAACAGGAAAGAACAUGCAGAUGAAUGGGGUGGAUACUUUAUAAUUAAAGGACACGAGAAACUGAUCCGCAUGCUUCUUAUAACUAGACGAAAUUACCCGAUAGCGGUGAAACGCUCCUCAUGGAAAGCCCGUGGAUUGUUGUUCUCAGACCUGGGGAUUAUGAUACGUUGUGUAAGGGAGGAUCACACAUCUGUUAACAAUGUUCUACAUUUUGUGACAGACGGUACAGCAAAGCUCAUGAUUAGCCAUCGCAGGACUCUGUACUACACACCGAUAAUGCUGAUCCUCCGAUGUCUCACAGAUGCAUCAGAUGAAUCUGUUUUCAAAACAAUAAUGGCAGGCUAUGAGGAUGAUUUGUACUUCAAAGGGUCGGUGUUGAACAUGCUGCGAUCUCUUCAUCAGCAGAAUAUUCAUACACAAGAAGAAGCAAAAUUCUAUUUGGGAAAAAUAUUUCGCAUUCGCUUUUCAGAACUACCCAGUUGGUCUACAGAUGAAGAAAUUUGUGACUUUAUCCUAAAGCACUGCGUGUGUAUACAUGUUGAUGACUACAACGACAAGUUCCACUGUCUCAUCGUGAUGCUCCAGAAACUGUUCUCUGUGGUACAGGAGAAAAGUUGUGUUGAAGGUGCCGAUGCUGUUAUGAUGCAAGAGUUGUUGCUUGGAGGACACCUUUACCUUCAGGUGCUGAAGGACAGACUCCAAGGUUGGCUAUUUAUGUUGAGAUCUAUUAUACAGAAGAAAGAACAACCAGGAUAUGAACUGACCAAAGAGGAAUUACAUUCAGCUGUAAAGAAAGCUGGAUUGGUUGAACAAACCAUGAAUAACUUCCUAGCCACUGGCAACAUCAAAACUUCCUCAGGUCUUGGGCUCAUGCAGGAUAAAGGCUUGACAAUAGUUGCUGAGAAUAUCAACAGAAUGCGCUAUAUGUCACAUUUCCGAGCGGUUCAUCGAGGCUCCUUCUUCCAAGAGAUGCGAACGACAGAAGCGAGACAGUUGUUGCCCGAUGCUUGGGGGUUUAUCUGUCCAGUCCACACUCCUGAUGGUACUCCCUGUGGUCUUCUUAACCACUUGACUAAGUAUUGUCAGGUGACAGAACCAGUGGAUCUGGAAAUACUACACAGACUACCGGAAGUUCUGGUAUCAUUAGGUCUUCAGCCCCUAGGCUCUGAUAGUGGAGUACCAGCUGCAGACUGCUACAUAGCCAUGCUGGAUGGCAGGCUGGUGGGCCGGGUACCGCAUCACUCUGCUACUCGGUUCGUCCACAAACUGCGCACCCUCAAAAUACAAGGAGAGAAGGUACCAAACACAAUGGAAAUUGCGUUUGUGAAAGAAGGUGGAAACCAGUUUCCAGGGUUAUUUCUGUUCACUGGCCCGGCUCGCAUGGUGAGGCCAGUGUACAACUUGGCAGCUCAACAGAUCGAACUUGUGGGCACGUUCGAGCAGGUUUACUUGGACAUUUGUAUAACGCAGAAAGAGGCCUAUCCCGAUAUCACAACACACCAAGAACUGUCCAAGGAUAGCUUCCUGAGCAAUCUGGCCUGCCUAAUCCCCAUGCCUGACUGCAAUCAGAGUCCUCGCAACAUGUACCAGUGUCAGAUGGGAAAGCAAACCAUGGGUACAGCAUGUCACACUUGGGACAUCCAGAGUGAGACGAAGCUGUACAGACUACAGACGCCAGCUACCCCUCUCUUCCGACCCUUGCACCAUGACACCAUUGCGCUCGAUGACUUUCCUAUGGGCACCAAUGCGAUAGUUGCUGUCAUAUCGUAUACCGGCUACGAUAUGGAAGAUGCGAUGAUCAUUAACAAAGCAUCAUUUGAAAGAGGGUUCGCUCAUGGUUCAAUUCUGAAAUCAGAGUUCAUCGACUUAAAAUCUACGAGUUCUUACUUUGGCUUGGACCCCUCCAAACCUGAACUAACCCAACACUUGGGAAUUGAUGGUCUCCCGGCACCAGGAACAGUGCUCAGCGGAAGGGUUCCUUACUAUUGUUAUUACAAUGCGCUGGAAGCCCACUAUAAGGUUGGGAUGUACUCAGGACAAGAUCCCAUAGUUGUGGACAACGUGAGACUGUGUGGCUCUCUCCCGGGAUCGUCAGACGUUCCUACCAGAGCCUGCAUCACCUUCAGAGUCCCGAGGAACCCGUCAGUUGGAGACAAGUUUGCCAGUCGAGCAGGACAGAAAGGGAUCUGCAGCCACAAAUGGCCUGCAGAAGACUUGCCUUUCACAGAGAGUGGACUCGUGCCUGACAUCGUGUUCAACCCGCACGGGUUUCCUUCACGGAUGACAAUAGCCAUGAUGAUCGAGUGUAUGGCAGGUAAAUCUGCAGCAAUCCAUGGCCUCGUUCAUGAUGCUUCACCAUUCCAGUUCACUGAAGAUGACACUGCCAUCGACUAUUUCGGCAAGCUUCUCCAGGCAGGUGGCUACAACUACUACGGUACAGAGAGGAUGUACAGUGGUGUGGAUGGCAGAGAGAUGACAGCUUCCAUCUUCUUUGGGGUGGUCCACUAUCAGAGACUCAGACACAUGGUGUCAGACAAGUGGCAGGUUAGAAGUAAAGGUCCAGUGGAUGUUUUGACAAGACAGCCAGUCAAGGGUAGGCGACGAGGUGGAGGGGUCAGGUUCGGUGAGAUGGAACGAGAUGCUUUGAUAUCGCAUGGGGCAUCAUUUCUGCUCCAAGAUCGACUCUUCAACUGCUCUGACAAGUACACUGCUCACAUUUGCCGUACAUGUGGACUGUUGCUGAGUCCAGUGGUGUCACCAUCUGCUCGGGAAGGUCACAAGACCAGGCUCAUUACUUGUCGUAUCUGUGAUAACAAUGGAAAAAUUGAAGAGAUCACCAUUCCCUACAUCUUUCGCUUCUUGGUGACGCAGCUCGCAUCGGUCAACAUAAAACUACAAGUCAACCUCUCUCCCAGUUGAUAAACGUGAUUGUAACUUUAUGUAAUUGUAUAAAUAAAGUUUUAUAUGUUACCA